UCAAUAUACAGUAUUUUUUUUCAAGAUUUCCGUUUAAUCAGAAGUAUUCAUUUUUCAUAUAGAGAUAGAGAGAGAAGAGAUCGCAUAAAUAGCACAUAUAAAUAUAAAUCUUAAUACAGAGGAAUUCAUUCAGUCUCUUCCCAUUAUAUAUUAGCCAUAGCCCCCAUCAAUUCCUCCAUUUCUCUCUCUCUCUCCGCCACCCCCUUUAAGCUUCCUUUAACCUCCAUAUAUUCUCACAUCUCUUUUGGGUGGGUUUUCAGUCACAGUGCAGCAGAUUUUGUAGAAGCAUUCAUUCAGAUGAAGAAGGACGAUUGGUUAUCCGCUGCGUUAUCCGAUGAUUCGGUGGUGGUGGAGCUGCUUUUCCGACUCAAACAUCACCCAUCUUCUUCUUCUACAUCUCAGUUGCGUAAUAGUACUACUCCUCCGCCGCCGCAGCCGACGACUACAGCGGCGGCAAAGGGUGGUUUGCAUCUGAGACUGCCGUUGAGUGGUUGGGGUCACCGUCAGCCGAGGUCGAAGCCGUCAUCUAUGUCAGUUAAGAAAGCGUAUACCUCCACUACCAGGUGUAGCCCUAUAACGCCGCUUUCCUGGAGCGGCGGCGCUGGUUCACCUAGUGACGACGGCUAUGAUGAGUCUAGCCGUCCACCGUCUUCCGAUCUAUCAUCCGCCUUCAGAUCCAAGG